AUGGACCGCGUGACCCGAUACCCCAUCUUCAGCAGCUCCUACUCACCUCGAGUCACCGGCCUGGCCCUCGAUGGGGACACCAGUUACACUUUCAGGCUGGUGGGUGUGGGGCCUGAGGCCAGUGACUGGAGCCAGGAUGAGCCGCAGGGGUGGCCCGCUGGCCACAAGGCCCGGCUGGAUGUGGUGCAAACGGGAGUGUCCCGCACGCUGCAAGGCUCACCCUCCCGGCUCUCCCAGUGGCCACUGUGCCCGGAAGACAAUGAGGACGAAGAGAUAAAUGCCUACCUCCUGGACUCCAGGGAUGCCCUGCCCAGGAGGCCGUGGGACCUGGAGCGAGAGCGCCGGGAAGUCAUCCAGGGUCAGGUCGUCAAGAAGAGUGGCACGGUGGCCACGCUGCAUGGCACCCCUGACCACAGGGACCCCAAGACCCCUGGCCAGCCUCAGCUCAUGUCCCCCAACGAGAAUGCAGUCGACACAGAACAGAUAGACUUCCUGGCAGCGAGGCAGCAGUUCCUGAGCCUGGAACAGGCCAACGGGGAGGUUCCCCAGACCCCACCAGCUAGGGUGGCUCCUACGUAUACCACACCCAGGGCGAGUCAGGCCCCCAAGCCCCUCAACAGUCUGCCCCGGGCCAAUGGGUACACUGUCCCCACCAAGCCCCAGGCGAAGGAGGCCGUGGAAGAGAAGAGCAGUCGCACUUGGUCCAUUCGGUCUGGUGUCCGAGCUGUGGCCAGCCCUGCCUCCUGGUCCCAAGAGGAGUCACCGGAGCUCCCCAAAGAGACCCCCAUAGAGCGGGAGAUCCGACUGGCCCAAGAGCGGGAAAGGGACCUCCGAGAGCAGAGGGGGCUGCGGCGGGCGGCCAGCCACCAGGAGCUGGUGGAGAUCCCCACCAGGCCGCUGCUGGCCAAGGUGAGCCUAACCACACCCCCGCGGCGGGACAGGGGCCGCCCAUCCCUCUACGUGCAGCGAGACAUUGCGCAGGAGACUCAGCGCGAGGAGGACCACCGGCGGGAGGGCCUGCAGGUGGACCGGGCAGCCACUCCUGACUGGGUCUCCCAGGGCCCCCAGCCUGCCCUCAGGAGAGUCCUCAGCUCAGACUCCAUCCUCAGCCUGGCCCCAGACGCCAGUGCGGCUGACCCGCCUCCAGAGAUGCGGAAGGUGAACCGCAUCCCGCCUGAUGCCUACCACCCCUACCUGGGCUCCGGGACCCCCCCGUUAGAAUUCCCAGCCUCCCGCACCUACGGCAAAGCCAGGGGGCUCCCUGAAUAUGAGGCCAAGACUGUGGGCUCUCCGAAGGUCGCAGGGUCUCAGCGGCGCCUCUCAGAAAGCUCUGGAAAAACCUCAGGCAUAAAGCAGGAACACUGGAAACCCCAGCAGGGACCCCUACAAGCCGAUGGGGGUGUCGUCCGGAGGGAGUACUUCUUGCUGCGCCCUCUGCGGUUCAGGUUCCCAGACACGCCACAGCGGGAUGAGGACCCCAGGGGUCGGGACUGGCCAGUAGCCGGGACCCCAAUGUUUCGGCUACAACGGUCCCAGUCAUCUGAGCUGCUGGAGAAAGAGGUGGAGAACGUCUUGCGCCGCGAGAGGGAAGUGGCCGAGGAGCGGCGGAAUGCCCUGUUUCCCCAGGUCUUCUCCCCGACGUGGGAUGAGGACAGCGACCAAGACUCCAGUUCUUCUCGGGCAUCUGGCACCACGGGCAGCUACUGCGUGAAUGAGCCGUGUUCCCUCACCCCUGAGCGCGUGCACUCAGGCCCGAGAUGGACAGCAGAGGCCCCUAGUGAAGAUGGUUCUGGGCGGACAAAGAAGGAGCAGUGGUACGCGGGCAUCAACCCCUCGGACCGCGUGGACUCGGCGGUCCUGGAGGCCACGCGGGUGACCCGCCGCAAGAGUGCCAUGGCAGAACGCUGGGAAGCUCGCAUUUAUGCUGGUGAAGAUGAGGAGUGAA